AUGCCCCCUGUUGGAUCGGGCAUUCCUGCAGUUGUCGACCUACACACCGACCCUCCCCGCUGUGCCGUCGUUCACGACCCUGCCUGCAACAUUCGGACUGUUUCCUGGGUCGGCCUUCAAAACGCCCUCUCCAUUCUCCGCUUGCCGCCCGUCAGCACCCCCACUCUGCUUCUCGUCUUCGCCUUGCCUCCCCAACAGAACCCGCACCGUUCUCACUACCAGCUGUGUUAUCCCCACGCAAAUCAUCGUCCUCCAAUGAAGCAGUGUGCACCCAAAACACCACCCAUGAGACAACAGUUUCAGCUCCCCGAAUGGCAGACCAACGACCACUUAUCGUACCACUCAUUGCUCCCUGUGAUGUCCACCUGUCACCACACUGGACGCCCUGACACAAAAGGAGCCUUACUGUCAGCGGCUGCGCCCAACAGCGACAGGCUCGCAGAAACGAACGUCACAGGCUGAACCCACACAUUCGUCCUCUCUCACAUCAUCAUUCCUCCACUUUCCACCCAAACCGAAUGCAUUUAGAUACUACGUAGACACACUCCGUUCAACGCGUCUCCACACCGUAUGAUCGUCCUCCAGUCCAACCCCUUCCUCUUCCCUCGAACAGGUAGCAACCCAAUCGCCCCCUCAACAGCCACCUGACAUCCACCCCCAAGACUGUCGCACACGAAACCCACUUCGUGAUCGCCCCUUCUCUCCCACCGCAUCAUCCCAAACACGGUGGGCCACGUGACAACCGCAACACGACCCACUCUCCUCCACUUUCCAAAUGUCAAACAUCAUUCCCCCCUGCACGCCACACCAACAAUCAAUGCAUACACGCUCACCACAUCCACCACGUAUCACCGCCCUUCGUAACGUCAGAUGAUUGGGCAUCUGCGAACCGCGG